GACUUCUUUGAUCCCCAAACCAUUACACUGUUCAUGCUCUCGGCUAAUGAACGAAUGGCAGUCCAACUUCCUCUCGCGGGACUCUCCUUUCUAAAUAUCGCGGAGUUUCCUUCUGUUUUGUAUGUGUGUGGCAGGCGUAGUUUCGGGAAAGUCUAAGAAAGGUGGAGACUUUCGGGAUAACUUCCUGUACAGUAAUCUUGAAAUCAUUAGCUACAAAGAUAGGUUUGGUUGGCUAUUCAAGCAAAGACGAAUGGCUUAAGUAACGGUGUGCUAAACUUGAUUAUCGGUAUUGAAUUAAAUACACAUACAGUAGCUAGCAUUCAAGCUGCUAUAUAACUCAAGCAACCGGAUAGCAGAUUCCAAACAUCUCAUAUAGCGAGACGGUCCUGGCCACAUUGAAGGACAGUAUGGUAGAGGUUGUGGUGGAGUAUGAGUACGAAGCCCUCCAUGAAGAUGAGCUGACCCUGAGGCUGGGAGAAGUGAUCAGGAACGUCCGCAGGAUCGAGGAGGAGGGAUGGAUGGAGGGAGACCUCAAUGGGAAGAGGGGACUCUUCCCUGACAACUUCGUCAAGGAGAUGAAGAAGGAGCCCAAGGAGGUGAAUGUGACAAAAGAGGAGGCCAAGGAGGAGACGCAGCCCCAGCGGAGAGAGAAGAGUGCAGGGAAUGUGGCCAACCUGGUCCAGCGGAUGAGCACCUACGGCAUCCCAGCUGGGGGCUUCCAGCCACACUCACAGCCCCGGGGUCUCAAGAAGAAACCUAAGAAGCGGCAGUGCAGGGCUCUGUUUGAAUACGUGCCCCAGAACGAGGAUGAGCUGGAGCUGAAGAUAGGGGAUAUCAUCGACAUCAAUGAGGAGGUGGAGGAAGGCUGGUGGAGUGGAACCAUGAAUGGCAAAUCAGGACUGUUUCCCUCCAACUUCGUCAAAGAGAUGGAGACGAACGCAGACGGACAGACAAAUGACUUAACAGAUGAAGCCGACGCCAGUGGUAAAGAAGCUCUGCUCCCCCCCUCCCCCACCCACCCCUCUCCAGGCAAUGGAGUGAUCACCCAGCCCAAGAAGAUCCGGGGGGUGGGCUUUGGGGACAUCUUCAGGGAAGGCUCGGUCAAGCUAAGGGCCCGCCUGCCCAGCACAGAGGGAGAGGAGAAGAAAGACAAACUUAAGUCAUAUAACCCAUAUGACAUACUCUGUAGCAGACUGGCAUACUCUUCACAAACACUGACCUGCACGCUGACUAACGCACUGUCUUUUGACCAAUCGCCAAUCCCAUUAUUACCAUCUGCCGCAAAGCCCGCCCAUUCCAACGUGACAGACUCACAGAAAGCAGAGGGGGACAGCAAAGCAAAAGUAAAAGAAUACUGCAAGGCCACAUUUGCGUUUGAAGCCACAAACCAAGAUGAGCUGACACUGAAAGAGGGCGACGUCAUACAGAUUUUGAGUAAGGACACAGGGGAGCCGGGGUGGUGGAGAGGGGAGAUCGGAGGUAAAGAGGGAGUUUUUCCUGACAACUUUGUGGCUGUGAUGUCAGACGCAGACAAAGAGCCGGCUCCCACAUCAAGAGGAUCAGUCAAACUCUCUCCCAGGCAGGAAGCAGAAGAGAGACCCAAGAAGCCACCCCCACCAUCAAAAAGCAUAGCUCGCAAACCCGAGGUCCCGUUGGCUGACAAGAAGCCCCUGCAUCCGCAUCCUGAGGACCGAGGUGACAAGACAGAUCAAAAACUGUCAAAGCCAACUGCCCCUCUGGUCCCACCCAAGAAACCUGUCCCCCCGCCAGGCAAGAGUAAACCAGGCGUCCUCCCCCCAAAACGUCCAGACAAGCCUCUCGCACCCUCCCUAGGGGCCAAGCACAAUGGAGAGGUGCCUUCCACACUUCCAAAGUCUGAUUUUGAGCCAACGUUACCCAGCAAACCAAAAACACUGUCGGGUGACUGGGGGGACAAAGCCCUUGACAUGGACCUGAUGAGCUUUGAUGAUCUGUCAUCUACCUCUGAGAAGCUGUCUCACCCCACCGCUAACAGACCAAAGAUGGCUGGCAAGAGGCUUCCCGCUCAGUUUGGAGGAGGCCACUCUCCAAACAAGGACAUCAGCGUGGAGAAAACCUUCAUGUUUGACGAAGAGGACCGCCCCAAGCCAAAGUUGAUAGACGCAAGAAAGCCAUCCAUGCCCAGCUCACACUCCCAGUCUCCCGUCCUCAAGCCCAGCCCAUCCCCGUCAGAGGGGCUCAAGGCCAGUGCGGCUUCAGCCCCUGGCCGCAGAAGUCCCAGCCCAGGCCCCUGCGCGGAGACCAAGCCCAAGGCAGAGCCAGAGGAGCGGAAGUCUGAGCUGCAGGACCUCAGAGGCCAAAUGAAAGAACUGCUGCUGUCUGUGGAGCUCCUCAAGACCCAGCAAAUGAGAGAGAUGGCAGAACUGAGAAGCGAGCUGGACGAGGAAAGGUUGAAACGAGUGGCCCUGCAGAUGGAGAUAGAGAAAUUAAAGAAGAUGGUUCAUUCGACGUGAACUCUGACCCAAUCAGCCUGGAACAUCAGUCACCUAUCGGUCUGUCUCUAAGUAGAAACAGGAAGGGGACGAUGGCAUUCCUAUAAUACUUUUAGUUAUCAUCAACCUAUUCCACAUUUGUAAGAUUUACAUUUUUGCACAUAUUAAGGUUUUCUAGUUCUAGAAAGGUGAUAAAUACAGAUGUAUAUGUUUUUUGUUUCUUUUUGUUUUGCCAACACAAACGAUCGAGGCCUUACUAACUACUGCGCUGGACUGGCAGUCUCUGCAUUCCUAUGGGAAUGUGUGAGGGUUGCUCUCAAUACUACUGAUUCUGUACAAAGCGUUAGGGGAUUCCUUUUUGUUUUAUGACUUGCAGGUAGUUGAUUUUAAAGAUGAUUCUGAUUUUCAGUUAAAAUAUCCAUAUUAGCCUCCUUUAGAUCAUAAUGAAUUAUAUUGUGAUCUGUUGCUAUAGCAACAGUGUUGUACUCCAUUGCUAUGGCAUAAGGGAUCAUUUUCUAUGGGUUUUUUCUUCUAACAUUCCUAUCCAGGGUAACACUGUUGUGCCUGUUAAACACAUAUUAAAGUGUUAAUAUUGGGAGAUUACGUUUAUCAAACUGUUUAGACUUGCUGAUGAUCUAUAUUUGUAAGUUCUGACAAUGUGCUUAGACAUAUAGAGGGUCCUUUUUUUCGUUCUCAUGUUGUUCUUCUUGUAAAGGUCUCAUGGAACUGUGCUCUCAAAGAGAGAGUGACAGGUGUGUUAUAUCCAUCAUGUAUUUGGUACCAUCAAAUACAGCCAAUUGUAGCGCUACUUGAAAAGAGCACCAGUGGUUUAUGAGAUGAACCUCCAUUUUAUUUCACGCCACGGUCGAAGUUGUGGCUUACUCAUCGAUUGUUGUUAUCUUGCACCAACUCCUGUACGCCAAAUUGCUCUGACCCCGCUUUUAUGAAGCAUAUGCAGCUCUGUCUAAAUCUCUCUCUGUAAACAAAAUCAUGUGUGCUUUGAAGAGUGAGCAAUCUCUUUCUAACCUCCCAGAUGAGACCUGAAGUCCUGUAUAGCAGUGACCUUUGUGUGUCUCCAUGUUGUCCUGAAUGUGUCUGGUUCACAUGUUGUCCUGAAUGUGUCUGGUUCACAUGUCUUUAUACUUGGACCAAGUAGAAACGUGGAGCAUGGAGGCCAACUGAGCACAUAGUCCAGUACACAGUAUCUCUGCCAUUUCUCAUUACUGUAAGUGAGAGGCUGAAUGGAAAUGCAUUGGGGAAGAGAUCUACUUGAUACAGAAGGGUUAAGCUCUGCACUGUGCCAAUGCACAGCCAGCACCACUUUGUCAAUGAAAAGUACGUGAUUGAACUCAACGAAGGACAGUGUUUUUUGAUGGGAUGCGUUCAGUGUACCGGACAGACAAAUCAUGAAAGAAAUUGCCUUUGAUGAAAAGCAUUUUUGAGGUUUUCGCUAGAUUAUGCAGCAUUUUGUUGAUUCCCAAUGUGUUACUUUACCCAUCAUGACCAGAAGGAUGUUUGCCUCGACUCCAGAUCAUCCUGAACACUGUGGACGGCCUUCUUUCUCUGCAUCCUUCUUCAUAUUCUAUUUUAGCAAUCUAAUUAUUUACAUUUAUAUAUAUAAUGUGUGUGUGUGUGUGUGUACCAGUCAAAAGAUUGGACACCGAGUCAUUCAAGGGUUUUUCUUUAUUUUUUAAUUUUCAACAUUGUAGAAUAAUAGUGAAUACAU